AUGUUUGGAAGGUCGCGAAGGAAUAGGCCUACACCAAUUCCCUUGACGAGGGAAACGGCAGAUCCAAACGCCGCCACGGCCGCAGCCUCGGCCUUUAUGCGUCGCGACCCAUCGGUAUCGCAGCAGCUCUCGUCCGCCGCCGCCGCCGCCGCCCUGAGGGCGAGACCUACGAUCCCUACAAACGUCGCCGAAGUCCAGACGAAGCGUACCGCCUCCCACAAUGGCGGCAGCCGCAGGCCGUCUCCUUCCCUGCGCGGCAGGAGCCGUGAGAGAGGACGGGGACACGCCGGUGAAGCUCAGUCCGUGGACGCGUCGCCGCGGAGAUCGCCCAGCGCUGGCUCCAUGAGCGAGAGGACCUUUCGGAGGUCGCCGUCACCUGGCCGUCCCGUGCCGCCGUCGAGGGAUCAGAACGUCCCGCCCGUGCCGACGCUCUCGGACGAUGCUGGGAGGUACGACGACGACGACGACAACAACAACAACCAUAGCCGUCAGGCGCAGGCUCGGACGCAGCCCGUCACGAGCAAUAACCGCGCCCCGGGCCACCAGAGGAACAAGACGGAACCGAUACACCUCCAGACGCAAAACUUCCGCACGGCAAGCCAGAAACUCAGAGAUGGCUCGCAAGCCUCCUGGUUCGGCGCAGCCUCUACGAGAGCAUCAGCGCCAGCACCAGCGCCAGCGCCAGCAUCAGCGCGAGCAGCACCGGAUGCCGCCGUCACCCCCCGCACCCGGGUCUCGGCCUCGGCCGACGACGCCGCCCGCCCGGUCAGCCCCUCGGCAUCCAUCAACUUCUCUCUGCCGAGGGCCAGGAUGUCCUCCCCCGCGCCGUCCUCCGCCUCGGCAGACCAGGCAUUGGUCUACGACGCGAAUUCGAGACGCAUGAUCCCCCGAGCCGAAGCCCUCUUCCGAUCGCAGAGCGUGCGCGACGCCGCCGAGAGGCCCGUCAGGAGGAGUGGGAGGGGCGAUGCCGUCUCGCAGAGUGGCUCGCACCUUACCAGGGGGACUAUGAGCAGGACUCAGGUCAGCCCUGCUACCGCCGCUACCGCCGCUACCGCCGCCGCCGCCGCCGCCGCCACCGCCGUCCCCGCAGUCGUUGAUGGGGAUGCCGUGACCGGGAACACGUACCCUGCGCCGCCAGCCCCGGCACCUGAACCCGAAGCCGAAGCCGAAGCCGAAGCCGAAGCUGAGCAGCAGCCGCAGCAGCCGCAGCACACGAUGCAGGAGGAGGGGCAGCAGGCACCGACGGGGCGGGAUAUCACCACACCGGUGGAUGAGCUAGAUGAGAGCAGGCAGCGUCAGCGGCAUCGGGCGGAAGAGCCAGCCGUCCCGUCGGAACAGAAGCAGGAGCAACCGCCGCCGCCGCCGCCGCCGCCCAGGGAACCGACCCAGCAGCUCAACGUCAUCGAGGAACCCGGACGGCCCACGGCCCGCAGCCACCGAGUCUCCUCCGUCAGCCCCGUCCGAUCGGCCCAUUUCGCCCCGUCAGCGGAUCAGCUGCUCGUCAGGCAUGAGCCGCCCUCGCGCUCGCUGUCCCCGCGCAAGUCCGCGCUCAAGAACUCGGGCGGCGCAAGGGGCGCGUCACCCUCGGACGACAGCUCCGACGCAUCGAGCUACCGUCCCAGCCCCAAUCCGACCAGGGAUGACAAGGCCAGGAAGAAGAGCGCUCGCGUGAGCUUCAAUGACGAGGGCACCGCCGUCCCGGGCGAGCCCGUCGAAUCCACUGCCGAGAGAGCCGCUGCCGCCGUCGAACCCAAGGCUGCAUCGCAACGCAGGUCGUGGUACGGACUUCUCGGCCGGCGCAACAACGCUCCCUCCCCCACAAGCAGCACUACCAACGACGACGGCACCGGUGAGGCCAUCGGCAUGACGCCCAGGCCGGCCCUGCCCCUCUUCGGAAGCGUGCGCGACAAGAAGCCCAGGGAGCAACCCGACAGCGAACGACCGCUUGUGCGACCGUCUGGACGGUUGUGGUCCGCCUCUUCCCAGUCUCCCCCCUCACCCCCCCCUCUGCCCGCCCCUCUACCGCAGACGCAGACGCAGAUACCCACGCCGCCACCCGAAGCCGCCACCGACUCGGCGAUUGGCGGAGUCAUCGCGGCGGCGGCGGCGGCGGCGACGGCGCAGGAUUCGUCCAAGAACGAGGCCAACAUCUCGAGGACUCGCGAACCUCUCCCGCCCGUGGUAACGUCGAUUGAAGGGACAGGAUACGAUAGCAGUAGCGUUGAAGGGUCCGACCUCGAAGAAGAAGACGCUGAUCUGCCCGAUGUGCCCGGAAAGCUGGAGGGCGAUGGCGCCAAUGUUGCUACCGCUGCUACCACUACUGCUGACGCUCCAGACCUACCGGGGCAGCAGAUUGUGGAGCAGCACGCGAAGAGGGGUAUACCUUCCAUCUCCAUCGUCGAGCCGACCCCACCGGCGAGGGAUGAGGAGAUGGAGGACUCGCCUGAGAACGAUGAGACUACCACUCCACCGAGAGAUGGAACGCUCAUGUCCGAUAUCCAAGAGGAGGAGGACGAGAGCUCGGAUGACUCGGCCAUGUACAGCGACGCGUACGAGGACAUGUCCGAGGCCGACGAGGGUGGAUUCUUGUCGCUCGAUGCUGUCCUCACUGCACCGGUAGCGAGCGAGACCAAAACUACAGCAAAUGCACAGGUGAGGGUGCAGGAUGGUACGGCAGCACCCGUCGCCCCGAGCAGCGGAGCCGACGACGGCAACGAUGCCAACAAGCGAGAACAAGCACAAGCACAAGCACAAGCACAGGCAUCGCCAGACGACUGGGACCACGCCAAGGCCUAUUGGAGAAGCCUCACGGUGGAGAAACGCCGUCAGCUCGAGAGGGAAGCACUGGAGGACGCAGGCGAGGAUGGCGACCAGGAGGAUUUCGCCUCAUCGCAGCAAUCGCGCAAGACGAAGAAGAAGACGACGACGACGACGAAUCAUCACCACCCGGCAUUACCGGCAGCUCCCGUCGACUACCGCUCCGACUCGAGCAUAGAUACGGCGCCCAAGCUUCGCAAGACCCUGCGAGGCUCCCAGCCGGACAGCGGGGCGGCCCAGAAGCAGCAGCCAGCCGUCAACAUGAGGAGAACUCUGCGGUCCCCUCCUCCCAACACCCAGGGAGCCCCACCACCGAGGCAACAGGCCCCGUCCAACAACGACGGACACAGGAGGAUCCACUCCAGCGACGGCUCGUCGGCAGCCGCCUCCGCGGCGGUGGAAGUCGACCCACCCCUCCAGAGACGAGGAUCCGACUCGAGCGAGAGCAGUUUCCGACGGGCCCGGCCCGUAAGCCACGGCGGCUCCGGGUUGCGCAGCACGAUGAGGAGCGGGGCGUCACCGUCUCAGCGGGACCCGGAACCCUCCACCGCCAGCAGGUCUGCGCCCGCUCCCGUCCCGCCCCCCAAGAGUAGUGGUCGGUUCAGCCUGCGCUCCCUGUCCCCCGCCGGUCGACGAUCGAGCUUCACGCCGUCGCCUGCACCGACAGACGGCGAGGAGAUUGGCAGCGGUGCAAGCCGAUUCGCCGACUCGAGCGACGAAGAAGAUGGCAGUGGUGGACUCCAUCGCAGCCGGUUCAUCGACUCCAGCGACGAAGAGGACGGGACGAGGACGGUGUCUGCACGCCCAGGCACAUCGAGCAGGGGCGCCAGCUACGCCGCCGCAGCAGCGCUAGGCGUGCAGCCCCCACGGCAAGGGUCUACCCCACACACAAUACCCAAGCAGAAGCAGAAGCAGCAGCACGGCAUGCAGAUCCAGCGCGGCCGAUCGGGCAGAGGUCUCAUCGGCACGACGACCCAGGCUUUCGAAGAAGGGUACGGCAAGACCGACGUCGACGGCGAUGCCAAAACUACCGAUACCGGCGUCGUGGCGAAGAGCCACCGCCGCAGAGGGAGUUUCAUGUCGGGCAUCCUCGGCCGAAGGAGGGACGACAAGUCGGGCAAGAUAUCCCGUGGCGCGGCGGGUGAGAGUGCGGCCCGUCGCGACACCAGACUCGAACGGAGUCCGGAGCAUCUCAACGUCCUGAGGAGCAAUAGCGGACGGUUGCAGAAGAGGGACAGUCAUUCUGCUCCCGCUCCCGCUCCCGCUCCCGCUCCUGCUUUUGCUUCUGCCGUCGCUGCACCCGGUACUAGCUGGCCACUGCCUGCCGGAGCCGAGGAAGACGAUACGGAUCGACCUGGCACGGCAGUGUCAUCUCAGGUUGUGGGUGGGAGCGGAUCUGAGGUGUCGAAACCGCCUGGUCAGAAGAAGAAGUUUGGUGCUCUGAGGAAGAUGUUUCGUCUUGAUGAAUGA